AUGGAAGAAGGUCAUGACAUCGUUGACCGGGUGCAACGUCUGAGCGACCUCGAGCUUGCUAUGCUACUGUCGCUUAUCAGCCACGAGCACUGUGUCAUUGGCACACCGGAAACUGCUAUGGAUAGCCUUGUGGAUGAACUUCGUUUAAUAUCCAGAAGCAUUUUUGGACUGCACUGUACUGUGGUUGACUGCCAAAGUGGCACAACACUGGAAGAUUUUAUCACGCCCCUACUUUUAUCGACCACGUCGUCUUCCUUCAAAAAUUACAGCGACAUUGGCAACACCGGUCGUACCAGCCAUAUCAAUGGCACAUCAGCCCACCAGCAUAACGGAGAUAGCUCGGCCGAUUUCUCCCGUUUGUUUCCGAUGGCACCACGGCUUCCUGAACCAUCUAGUCGGCGGGCAUCACAGCCAGUUACCAGCAACCUGGCUGCACCAGACAUAAGCACUUCUGCAAGUGCCACAACCGCGACUACUCCAGCUGGUACCUCAUCUAUAGCUGAUGUUCUGAUUGCCAAGAACUUAAAUAUGGCACCCGAGGCCGUCCAGAUUCAAACACUGGAGCUGUUGCGUACUCGUCGCAUUUUCGCAGCCACAGCUAUGCAAGCAGCACCUCGCCCAUUUCUGCUUGUCGCCGUUGUUGCAGCAAAUCGCGGGUUCCGUUGGGGUGGGGCUGACGACGUUGCCAAAAAACACACCAGUAAAAAAGACACGGCACCUAAAGUUGCACCUUAUAUGACAGCCCAUUUAAACGACUUCUUCUCCAUGGGCCACUGGCAUGACCCAGAUCAUGGAUAUCCUAAUCUCGAAGAGCAGGGGGCAGAUGCGAACAGCAAACCGCGCGGCGAGGAAAAUUCGGAUAGUGAGAGUCUUGUCAAACAAAGCGUUUCUAGCAGGGCGCAGCGCGGAAGGGGCAACACUGCUAUUCUCUCGAGCCUUGGCCCGACCCCUGGGAUGUCCGACGCGCCAAUGACUUACACAGCCUUUUCCGAUGCCGAUAUUGACCACCUUACCACCUUGAGUAAACACGUCCGUGUUGACACUGAAGUGCUCCGCUACCAGUUAAACGUGGUGGCCUUUUUGCGUAUGCACCGUGCGGUAGCUGUCAUGGGCCCAAGUAUAAGUGGACUUAGUUGCGUUUCGCCUCGUGCCACAAAACAGUUUGAAAAUCUGGCCCGGUGCCUUGCGCCGCUCCACCGGCUUGAUUAUAUAUCCCCUGCCCUUGUUUCUUUGGCGGCCCGGAAGACAUAUCUUCACCGGAUUCGGACCAUUAGCGUCGGUCACAGCAGUUCACGCCACCCAAUGCAUGAACGGAGCAUGCAGUGGGGCAGCGAGAAGGCAGUCGUCAAAGCAAUAUUGGAAGAGAUGAGCCCUGAAGAUGUGAUUGACGAUGUUCUUGGUUCAGUCGUUCCGCCAUUAUAA